AUGUCAUCUACCGUGGUGCAAGAGAGCAAGCCAGCUGAGAUCGAGGGAUGGACGACUCUGCAGCUCACAAGUGCAUACGGUCCAGUCUUUCGUUCCGUCAAAACAACACCGCCUCGCAAUGCCACGCGAGAGGAGAUCCCCGUGAUCGAUGUCAAUGGGAUAUUCAGCAAGGACAUUGAAGAUCGGAAAGCUGUGGCAGCACAAAUACGACAGGCUGCCACUACCAUUGGGUUCUUCUACAUGAAGAACCAUGGAAUCCCACAAGACACCAUCGCAUCGGCUCUGAAGGCUUCUAAGACUUUCUUCCAUCAACCACAAGAGACCAAGGAACGCGUGAGCGUGUCAGGAUCCAAAUGGCACAAUGGCUGGAAUGGCCCCAAGUCUCACCGAGCCAAUGCCGUGGAAAGUAUCGACUAUCGAGAGAGUUUCGGCAUGCGAUAUGACCCUACUACGAUCCUGCUGUCGAUGACGUUGAAUCUAUCCCACAAAACAUCAAAGACGGAAGCCGUGAUUGAGUACUGGCGAGCCUGCCUUUCGACUGCUCGGCGACUGGUGAGGACAUUUGCUCUCGCCCUGGACUUGCCCGAAGAUCAUUUUGACACCAUGACCUCGCACCCUAAUGCUGCGAUUGCACUCAACUAUUACCCUCCGAUUCCACAAAGCGCUCUGGAGGAUAAGGAGGAGGCCGUCAGCAUCGGUUCGCAUACGGAUCUUCAGUUCUUCACCAUGCUCUGGCAGGACCAGAAUGGUGGCCUUCAGGUUCUGAAUCGAGACGGACAGUGGUUGAAUGCAACUCCGAUAGAAGGCACCUUUCUCAACAUCGGAGAUUACCUGAUGCGCAUCACCAAUGACCGCUUUGUAUCGACUGUCCAUCGUGCAAAGAAUUUCAACACUAACGAACGCUUUUCGAUGCCAUUUUUCUUUGGUAUGACAAGAUCAGCAGUGGCGAAGCCGAUGCUAAUUGUAUACCCUACGUUUCAACUUCAAUGA